AUGUCCGCUGCCUCGUCUGCAGCCCAGAUCCCGCCAGCCAAGCAGCCCGCCGGUGAUGGCCAUGAUGUCGAGAAGGUGGCCCAAGCAAAGCCAGAGGUGGAUGAGUCAGAAGACAACUUCAAGCCCAAGACGCUGAAAUUUUGGGCUGUUUUGAUCAGCAUCUUCCUGGCUUUGUUCCUGGUGGCCAUCGACCGCACCAUCAUCGGUACCGCCAUUCCCCAAAUCACGGUUGAUUUCCAGAGCCUGGGCGAUGUUGGUUGGUAUGGCUCGGCGUAUCAGUUGACUACUUCUGCGUCGCAAUUGAUUUUCGGCCGAGUCUACAAGUUCUACGAGACCAAGAGAACCUUCCUUUGGUGUGUGGCCAUCUUCGAGAUCGGCUCCGUCAUCUGUGGUGCCGCCCCGAAUUCCACUGCCUUCAUCAUCGGUCGCGCCGUCGCCGGCCUCGGGUCCGCCGGCAUCUUCUCCGGUGUCAUGAUCAUUAUGAUCCCCAUGAUUCCCCUCCGGAAGAGACCCAUGUUUCAGGGCAUUUUCGGCACUGUGUUUGGUCUGGCUUCAGUUAUGGGUCCUUUGAUCGGUGGAGGUUUUACGGACGGCGUUUCCUGGAGAUGGUGCUUCUACAUCAAUCUGCCCAUUGGUGCUGUGGUAGUUGCUUGCCUGAUGCUGAUCCUUAAGAUUCCCGUCAAGACGACGCCACCAGCAACGGUUCGGGAACAAGUCGUACGGCUCGACCCGCUUGGCACUUUCCUUUUUGUUCCCAGCAUCGUCAGUCUCCUGUUGGCUUUGCAAUGGGGAGGGUCCACGUACGCCUGGAAUUCUGCCCGUGCUAUUGCUUUGCUCGUCGUCUUCGCCGUCCUGUUUCUCGCUUUUACAGCAGUGCAGAUUCUCAACCCCAAUGCGACCGUACCGCCUCGGGUCAUCACCCAGCGAAGCAUCUUGGCCGGGACUUUCUUCAUGUUUUCCCUUGCAGGUUCCAUGUUGAUGUCCAUUUACUUCGUACCUUUGUGGUUUCAGGUAGUUCAGGGUGUAAGUGCCGUCAAGAGCGGUAUUUACACGCUUCCAUUUGUUCUCAGUCUGGUCGUAGCAAGUAUCAUGUCGGGAGCCUUUACCCAAAAGAUUGGAUACUAUGUUCCUGCCAUGCUCAUGAGUCCUAGUGUCAUGGCUGUCGGUCAAGGACUUAUGAGCACCUUCAGGGUCCAUGAGAGUUCUUCUCAUUGGAUUGGAUACCAGUUAAUCACUGGCUUCGGCCUUGGCAUCGGCAUGCAGGCAUCCGGCCUUGCUGCUCAAGCCGUUCUCCCAAAGCCUGAUAUCCCCAUUGGCAUUUCCAUCAUGUUCUUCGCCCAGCAACUCGGAGGUGCAAUCUUCACCAGCGUCGGUCAAAAUCUGCUGAGCAACCAACUGGCGGACCAGCUGGCUGGCAUUCCUGGCCUCGACCCCUCCAGUGUCAACGGUGAGGGUGCCACCGACCUGGUCAACCAGGUGCCCGCCGAAAACCGCCAGGCUGUCCUGGAGAUUUACAACCACGCCCUGACGAGAAUCUUUCUCUGCGGGAUGGGGGUUGCACUUGUCGGUACUGUUGCCGCCCUGUUCAUGGAGUGGAAGAAUAUCAAGAAGACGGGACCGCCAAGGGCUAGCCCUGGCUCUAGUGACCCGCCAGAGGGGAUGCAAUCCACAAAAGCCAUAUCUGACAUCGAACCACCUCGAAUUCCCACCCCCAAAUCCCUAGAGCAGUCUGCCAAUCCAGUUGACGAAACAUCCACUGUGUACAGUGCUGAACUCUCCAAGCCUCACGAUAUUCAGAGUGCAAGGCAAUCUGCGGCAGAUACACUGGUCGCUGAACCAUUCGAGCCUUCAAGGGACCAAUUUCAAGAGUUAGACUUGGCUCAAACACCAUCACACAAGUAA